UUUAAUUUCCAUUGUAUGUUUAAUACAUAUGACAGUAUUGGUGUUUCUGUUGUAGGUAAAUCUGAAGUGUCAACUGUUGUCUAUAGAGUUGGUGAAUGCAUGCAAGAACUGAUAAAAUUGUGGAAAGAAUAUGAAUCAUCUCAAGCUGAGAAAAAUUGUGAAAGCUCUCAAAAUGGUCCUACCCUAGAAAUCCGGAUACCAGCCGAGCAUGUUACUGCUACUAAUCGCCAAGUUAGAGGUGGCCAGCUAUGGGGAACAGAUAUAUACACUGAUGACUCUGACCUUGUUGCUGUUCUGAUGCACACAGGUUACUGUCGCCCAACUGCUUCGCCUCCUUCACCAGCUAUCCAGGAGUUACGUGCUACUAUUAGGGUGCUACCCCCGCAAGAUUGCUAUAUAUCUACACUGAGAAACAACGUCCGUUCCCGUGCCUGGGGAGCUGCCAUUGGUUGCAGUUAUCGCGUUGAACGGUGUUGCAUUGUCAAGAAGGGAGGUGGGACCAUUGAUCUUGAACCUUGUCUCACAAAUACAUCCAGCGUGGAGCCUACUCUCGCACCAGUGGCCGUGGAGCGCACAAUGACUACAAGGGCUGCAGCUUCGAAUGCAUUACGGCAACAAAGAUUUGUACGCGAAGUGACAAUACAGUACAAUCUAUGCAAUGAGCCUUGGAUCAAAUACAGUAUAAAUAUUGUUGCUGACAAGGGGUUGAAGAAACCCCUUUAUACAUCUGCACGCUUGAAGAAGGGAGAAGUUCUGUAUUUGGAAACUCACUCACGGAGGUAUGAACUCUGCUUUACUGGAGAGAAGAUGGUGAAGGCUACCACUGUCUCUCAGGCACAUGAAACGGAGACAGAGAAGUCUCUAACUCACAAUCUUCAUUCUACAAAUGGCGAAAUAAGUACAGUGGAUGGUGAUAGUGUUAUGAUUGAUGUAUUUCGAUGGUCCUGUUGUAAGAAGCCUCUUCCCCAGAAAGUUAUGCGCUCAAUUGGCAUACCACUGCCCCUUGAACAUCUGGAGGUAUUGGAGGAGAAUCUCAAUUGGGAGGACAUCCUGUGGUCACAAACUGGCGUCAGUGUGGCUGGAAAAGAUUAUCCUCUUGCUCGGGUACAUUUUUUAUCUCCAAAUUAGGGUGUGUCUGAGAUUUGUCUCUGCACAUGAAGUUUAGCAACUUGUUAGUGAUGUGCCAUGCAUCAUCCGUUCCAUAAAAUUAUUUGGUAAUACCUUUAAUUUGUUAUUUUAUCUGAUAUCAUGGAAGUAUGGCUUUCUUUUCUUUUUCUUUUUUCCUGUUUUGUAAAAUGCCGGCAUCAUAUAGUAAUGGUGAUCGGUGUCUCACUAGUUUGUAAAAUAUUUAGGACUUUAAUCAAUGGAUUUGAGGGUCUCUUGCUUUUUUGAUACCA